AUGAGACAGCAGGAUGAGCAGAGCGGCGGAGCCAGGGCCACGGACGGAACAGCGGGGGUUCAUGCUGGGAGCAGCGCAUCGCAGCGGCUUGAGCGGAAGCUGAGAGACGGGCUCAUGGCGCCUUAUGGCAUGGCACGCCAUGAAGCCGGCGGGGGCAUUGGCAAUGCCUGGAAGACGCUGGCCCGCGGCAGGCCGUUAUGGGCCCUCAUGCUGCCCUGCUGCAGUGGUUCUCGGGUCAGGCAGAGAAAUGCCGGCACUGGAAGCGGUCUUGCCGGCCGUAGCACCCGCCUGAAAGCCGUGAGCGGCGGCUGCCAGCCAGGCCAUGUUCGCGGUUCUGUGACGCAUGGGCAUGGAUGGGCUCAGAUUGGCCCGUCAGCUCAUGCAAAAGCGGUUUCAAGAGCUCUUAAGAGAGUACCUGGCCUAUAUGCGGCUGGCUAUCCCCGCCCGGAGGGCCCAGCGUCAGGAUCGCCCAGCCACAGGAAUGUUCCGAGGACGGGCAAUAUGACGCACGAGAGGGCACUGCAGGCGUGCGGACGUACGGAGGGAUGCGUGCAUGCUGCGGUGGCGAUGGGGGCGCGCCACGCAGGAACGCAGUCGUUCGCCGACCGCUUGCAUGCGCCGGGGCUGCAUCCAGAUGAGCAGCGACGUCGUGCCCUCCCCCAAGACUCACCACCCAGGCACGCGCGCACACCCACAGGCCUGCCUGGACGUGAGAUGGAGGUCACUCGCCGUUUGUCAUCGGAGACGCUCUCUAUUCGAGUCACGCUUCGCAAUUCGACCUGCCCAUUGCCCACGCGCCCACUAGCUGGCGUGGCAGAUACAUACGGCCGUCGCGCCGCUUCAGGUAAAGACGAUGGAGCUGGAGUCUGCCCGCCGCGCUCUCGCGCGCUGCUUUCUGCUUUCGACGCGGUGACUCCAAGCCGUAGUUGGCGCGCCUUCCUCCAGCUCGUCGUUCACACUCUGCUCGCCCAGCCAGCACAAGCCCCAUCGGCUCGGUUCGGUAGCGCCGCCGCGAUGUCCCACAUCGACUCCGCUACUGAUGGCGCGAGCGCGAGCGCGGGAUGUGGUCCUGUCAACGGCGUCCCGAAUGCGUCGCUAGGUAUCGCCACACAACGGCAGGCUGCAGGUGCCACCGGCGGCGAUGGGGGUGAUCGGCGAACGACCAGUACGAGGGAGGAAAAGCAAUGUUUCUGGUGGAGUCGACGUUGAAACGGAUCCGUAAACUGCAGCAAAGCCCCGAAACAAACGCCAGAUCGUGAAACGAGAGACUUAUUAGGAUCCGACCAAUGACCGCCAUGACCCGCCCCAGAAUCCGGGAAGCUGUCCGCAUCCCUCGAGAGGCCGGAUUCGCCACGGUGAGGCGGUCAGGUCUCGCUAUAUCAAGCAUGUGGUUAUUACGCCCAGAUAAACCUCCCUCGACCGAAGGCCAAGCCCAUGGAAAGAAGAUAUAAAAGAAGAGCAAUUAAAGAGGAGAGACGAAAGCGACGAAGGUGUGACCGACAUGACCAGGCAUUUUGACCCAAAAGAAGAACCGCAUAUGCCUCGUAUACUCCAUCGCCGGGACCCAUGGCC